AUGGGAAGGUCGUCAUUGUCGCCAUUCGCGACAUCGAGCCGGAGGAGGAAAUUUGCAUCUGCUACAUGGACGUCGACAUCAUGGAGAGCGACAGAAAGACCCGCCUGCAAUGGUGCCAACAAACCAUGGGCUUCACCUGCCAGUGCGAGGUGUGUAGUAAUCCGAGCGGAAAAAAUGGUAUUGGAUCCUCUCGCGCCCUCGGUGACCGCCGCGAUAUGUGCUCGCCGGGGACGACUGCAAAAAAUAACACGGAGGGUAAAAGCUGCAGUGAGGCGGCUCGGAAAAGAACCAAACAAAACGCCAACUGGGACGACUUCCUAG